AUGUCGUUUUUCGGAAAUGUGCAGUUGGCCCCACCAGUCGCCGUCUUCAAGCUCUCCGCCGACUUCCGCGCUGACGAGAACCCACAAAAGAUCAACCUCGGUGUCGGUGCCUACAGAGACGAUGAUGGCAAGCCCUGGGUCCUCCCUGUUGUUAGCAAGGUCGAGAAGCAGAUUGCUUCUGACUCUUCACUAAAUCACGAAUAUCUACCCAUUAAGGGUCUUCCGGAAUUCUGCGAGGCCGCUACUAAACUCGCCCUUGGAGACAGCAAGACGAUCUCCGAGGGUCGCGCCGCUGGAGUGCAGACUCUUUCUGGCACUGGAGCUCUUCGCCUCGCCGCAGACUUCCUCUUCCAGACCUUUCCUGCCGAAACUACCGUGCUCUACUCGAACCCAACCUGGGGCAACCACUUGGACAUUUUCAAACGAGCCGGUUUUAAGAAUCUAGCCCCAUACUCGUACUGGUCCGGAGAUAUCAAAGCCGCCGAUAUUUCGAAGUUCGUUUCUGAUCUCCAGUCCGCGCCCGACCGCUCGAUCAUUCUCUUCCAUUCGUGCGCGCACAAUCCCACUGGUGCUGAUCCCUCUGCUGAGCAGUGGAACCAACUCGCCGAGGUCGUCCGCGCCAAGAACCACUUUCCCAUCUUCGACACCGCUUACCAGGGCUUCGCAUCUGGCGACCCAGACAAGGACGCAGCCGCGCUCCGAUCUUUUGCCGAUGCUGGCUUCGAGAUGAUGAUUUGUCAAUCUUUUGCCAAGAACUUCGGCCUCUACAACGAAAGAUGCGGUAACUUGGUCACCAUUACUCAGACUUCACAGAUUCUCGAUAACGUUCGAUCGCAACAGGAGCUUAUUGUCAGAGCUAACUACUCGAAUCCACCCGCUCACGGCGCUAGGAUCGUCGCCAAUGUGUUGAACACCCCCGAUCUUGCUUCCGAAUGGCGACAGAACAUCAAACAAAUGUCCGAUCGAAUUGAUCUGAUGAGAAACGAGCUCAGAGGCCGCCUCGAGAAAUUAGGCACUCCCGGCCAAUGGAAUCACAUCACCGAUCAAAUUGGCAUGUUCUCCUUUACCGGAUUGAAUCCCGACCAGUGCAACUUCCUGAAGAAUGAACGAUCGUGUUAUCUUAUGUCUAAUGGUCGUAUAAGUAUGGCCGGCCUCAACUCCAAAAAUAUCGACUACUUCGCUCAGUGCGUCGACGAAGCCGUCCGAAAGAUCCAAUAA